CGAUUCAGAUGCAAUCGAGAUACUCAACUUUACAGACAACCUUGAAUAUUCUCACACGAAAAAUCACCACUCUAGCAAGGGCUGCGAAAUAUGUGCCCCCUUGUCCCUUGUUGAACCAUCAACCUCUAUUUUUUUUUCCAUGUUCUAUCGACAUCAUCUCCGAAUCUUGCAGUGAUCCUCAGGCCCGGCCGGUGGGCACGUCGUCGCAAUGCCUUCAAGAAAACCUAGCAAAUUCGGCAACAAGUUUCGAUCUGGUGCCGCUACAUUUAACCCGAGACGAACGAAGACCGUCGAGUUCGCGUCUCUCAGAUCAACAGAAGCUACGUCUCAAGAUGAGAAAUUCGAGGGCAUCCGGCUGGCGAACAGCAUUGACGAGUCCUUGGGCUUCCCGCGCUUCGAAGCCGGUGAGAAGCGAGUGGGAUGGCUCAUCAACAUGCACAGCACAUCAAUCCAGGAUCCGAAUGUCCCCGGUGGACGCGCUGGUGUCGAUUACUACUUCCUCGAGGAUGGUGGCACCAGCUUCAAGGCGACAGUCGAAUACGACCCCUAUUUCUUGAUUGCCGUGAAGAAAGGCCACGAAGCGGAGGUCGAGGAGUGGUGUCGCAGGAUGUUUGAAGGGCUCGUCAAGAAGGUGACGCGCGUGGAGAAGGAGGACCUUUCGUUGCCGAACCAUCUACUCGGACACCGCCGGAACUAUCUUCAACUAAGCUUCGCCAAUGUCAGCCACUUGCUGGAAGUACGAAGGACCAUCUUGCCUCUGGCGGAGAAGAACAAGAAGAAUGCGACAGCGAUGGAUGCUUAUGUGGAGAUGUCGAGCGGAAAUGCUGGUUUCGACCUCUUUGAUGAUGAAUUAAUUAACGAGUCACGAUCUAAUGCCACUAUGAACGCGAGCGAUUUUAUUGUUGAUAUUAGGGAAUAUGAUGUCCCAUACCAUGUCCGAGUUUCUAUCGAUAAAGACAUUCGUAUAGGAAAGUGGUACACGGUCGAGUCGAAACACGGAUUUAUCUCACUGAGCUGUAUAGAAGAGCGACUUACUCGUGCCGAUCCUGUCAUUCUCGCGUUCGAUAUCGAAACAACUAAAUUACCUCUCAAAUUCCCGGAUUCCGUGAUUGAUCAGAUCAUGAUGAUAUCUUAUAUGAUUGAUGGCCAAGGGUUCCUUAUCACAAACCGAGAAAUUGUGUCUGAGGACAUCGACGACUUCGAAUACACGCCAAAAGCCGAAUACAACGGGCCAUUCAUGAUCUUCAACGAGCCAGACGAACGGAGUGUCAUCGAACGAUUUUUUGAGCAUAUCAAAGAGGCGAAGCCGACGGUCAUUGCCACUUACAACGGUGACUUCUUCGAUUGGCCCUUCGUCGAAGCACGAGCUAGCGUGUUGGGCAUCGAUAUGUACAAAGAGAUUGGCUUCCGAAAGAACAGCGAGGAUAUCUACCAGGCCGACCACUGUGUGCACAUGGACUGCUUCGCUUGGGUCAAUCGUGACAGUUAUCUUCCUCAAGGAAGUCGUGGCUUGAAAGCCGUCACCGUCGCGAAGCUUGGAUACGAUCCUGACGAGCUAGAUCCAGAAUUGAUGACUCCGUACGCCAGUGAGCGCCCGCAGACUUUGGCGGAGUACUCGGUGUCCGAUGCCGUCGCAACAUACUACUUGUAUAUGAAAUAUGUCCACCCUUUCAUCUUCUCCCUUUGCACAAUUCUGCCUUUGAAUCCCGACGACACUCUGAGGAAGGGAACUGGAACGCUUUGCGAAAUGCUUCUGAUGGUGCAAGCAUACCAGGGCAAUAUCGUCCUACCCAACAAGCAUAAAGAUCCCCCAGAAGCUUUCUACGAAGGCCAUCUGCUCGAGUCGGAGACUUAUGUUGGAGGGCACGUCGAAAGUAUUGAGGCUGGUGUUUUCCGAAGCGACAUACCAGUUACCUUCAAGGUAGACCCGGCUGCUGUGGAUGAACUUCUCCAUGAUCUCGAUGCGGCUCUGAAAUUCAGCAUUGAGGUCGAAGAGAAGAAAUCAAUGGAUGAUGUUACCAAUUACGACGAGGUCAAGAAACAGAUUUCUGAUAAGUUGAUGGCCCUCAAAGAGAAGCCGCAUAGGGAUGAGGUUCCUUUCAUUUACCACUUGGAUGUCGCUUCCAUGUAUCCGAACAUCAUGAUCACAAACCGGCUGCAACCAGACUCCAUGAUUGAAGAGUCCAACUGUGCCGCUUGUGAUUUUAAUCGGCCCGGCAAGACCUGCGACAGACGAAUGCCAUGGGCUUGGAGAGGUGAAUUUCUUCCUGCCAAACGCGACGAGUACAACAUGAUUCGCCAUGCAGUUUCGAACGAGAAGUUCCCCGGAAGAUAUAAAAAUAGCCCAAUGAGGAUGUUUGGUGACUUGAGUAUUGAAGAGCAAGCCGGUAUCGUCAAAAAAAGACUGCAGGAUUACAGUAAAAAGAUAUAUCACAAGAUUCACGAUAGCAAAACGAUAGUCAGAGAGGCUAUCAUUUGUCAGCGGGAGAAUCCGUUCUAUGUCGACACUGUUCGCAGUUUCCGUGAUCGAAGAUAUGACUUCAAGGGGAAGCAGAAGGUUUGGAAAGGCAAGACUGAGGCCCUGAAAUCAUCUGGUGCAUCGGCUGCAGAAAUUGAUGAGGCGAAGAAGAUGAUUAUCUUGUACGACUCCCUGCAGCUCGCCCACAAAGUCAUUCUAAACAGUUUCUACGGUUAUGUGAUGAGAAAGGGUUCUCGGUGGUAUUCCAUGGAAAUGGCUGGCGUGACAUGUUUGACCGGAGCUCGCAUUAUUCAGAUGGCACGAGAGUUGGUUGAACGUAUCGGUCGCCCUCUUGAGCUCGAUACUGACGGUAUCUGGUGUAUGCUUCCUGGUUCGUUUCCCGAGAACUUCACCUUCACUCUAAAGAACGGCAAAAAGCUUGGUAUCUCCUAUCCCUGUGUCAUGCUCAACCACCUUGUGCACGGAAGCUACACCAACCACCAAUAUCAGACUCUUGUCGACCCAACUUCAUUCAGAUAUGAGACCCACAGCGACAACUCUAUCUUCUUUGAGGUUGACGGGCCGUACAGAGCGAUGAUUCUGCCCACUUCCAAGGAGGAAGAUAAGAACUUGAAGAAACGUUAUGCUGUUUUCAAUCAUGACGGGUCUCUGGCGGAACUGAAGGGUUUCGAGGUCAAGCGUCGAGGAGAGCUGAAGCUCAUCAAGAUUUUCCAGACCCAGAUUUUCCGCUUCUUCUUAGAAGGGUCUACGCUUACCGAGACUUACGCUGCAGUAGCAAAAGUGGCUGAUCGGUGGUUAGACGUGCUGUACGAGCAUGGUGCGACUCUGGCCGAUGAGGAACUGAUUGAGCUCAUCUCUGAGAACAGAAGCAUGACCAAGACGCUCGAGGAAUAUGGGAACCAGAAGUCGACAUCUAUUACAACCGCUCGGCGCCUUGCAGAAUUCUUGGGAGAACAAAUGGUCAAAGAUAAGGGCUUGAACUGCAAGUAUAUCAUUUCUUCGAGGCCAAGGAACACUCCUGUAACUGAGCGAGCCAUUCCUGUGGCCAUUUUCUCAGCCGAGGAAAGUGUCAAACGCUUCUUCUUACGAAAGUGGCUGAAAGAUGACCCUGGUGAUAUGGAUCCUCGAACCGUCAUUGACUGGGAUUACUAUCUCGAGCGCCUGGGCUCUGUGGUGCAGAAACUCAUCACUAUCCCAGCUGCCCUACAAAAGAUUCGAAACCCUGUGCCCAGAGUGGCACAUCCGGACUGGCUGCAGAGGCGGAUCAAUCAGAAGGAUGACAAAUUCAAGCAAACGAAAAUGACGGAUAUGUUCACCCGGUCAGAGAAGACCCCAUUGACAGACAUCUCCACAAACAUCCUUGAUCAUCGCGUCCAACAUGCUGGUGACCUGGAUGAGGUGAUUGGCAACUCCACACAAAAGUCGAAAUCAUCACCCGAAAGCAAGGUUUCUCAAAAGAGAAAACAUCCUGAAGGUCUUCCCAAAACCUCCCUCGAUCCGUUCGCUACUCUACCAGCCAAGAUGCCAUCAAUCACAGAUGAUUACGUUGGGUUCCUGAAGUAUCAGAAGCAGAAAUGGAAAAUCCAAAAACAGGCUCGGAUCCGUCGUCGUCAGCUGUUCGGAGAGCGGGUCAAUGUUGCUACCGAUUCCUUGAGCAAUCUUUUCCGCAACCAGGCGGAGCUAUUGUAUAUCAAUACAUGGCAGGUCUUACAGCUUGCCGAAACAUCACGGCCUGGUAUCGUGCGAGCAUUUGUCCUGAUCGAUCGGAAAGUCCACGCACUCACUGUUAAGGUUCCCCGACAGAUAUACGUUAACCUGAAACAGGAUUCUCUUCCGGAUGUGGAUGUCCCUGACUGUGAAGUUGAGAAAGUCAACCAUACACUACCAAAUGGACAUCCGUCAGUCCAUUUGUUCAAGUUGACAUUAUCGGAGGAGACAUACAUUCGCGAAGCCAACAAGAUCGAUAUCCUUCUGCAACACCCCAGUGUCGAAGGUGUUUAUGAAAGGAGCAUUCCUCUCACCGUUCGUGCCGUCCUCAAACUCGGCAGUGUUUGCACAUUCGAUGAGGAACAGCGAGGCGUUCUCGGAGAAGGCUUGGACAAGGGAUUUGACCUCUCAACUCUCUGUCGUACGCAUACCGAUCAGCCUUAUCUGCUAGACGCUCCUAUGGCAUACCACUAUCUGUAUCAUGUUGCCUCUGGUGACAGGCAGAUAUUUGCUAUUUUCUCCACGACAAAGAAUGAGGCUCACAUCGUGAUUCUUAAUCGUACCCGGGACGUUCAAGGCCUUCCAAACGUCGAUAAGAUUUACGCGGAACUUCGUGCGCGCAGACUGCAGAACUUAUCUGCGGACAACACACAAACUGCUUUCGAGUAUCAGGAGAAGCUUCAUUUCAAGACCACGCAGGUGACCACAAGAAGGAAAGCUCACUUGGAGGUGGGGGAUCUGAUUAAGAAACUGAGAUCCGAGGAGACUCAGCCUGCCAUCAUGGUCAUUCAGUCUCAUCAAAGAAGCCGUCUGUGUCACGAUGUGCCCAUAUUGAAGGAAUACCCUAUUCUACCUGUGAAGCCCGAGGUUUCAGACAUGGAACUUCCGCCCUUGGGUUGGCAGACUUUUGUUGCCCGGCGCUUGGUUACACAUUAUCUUUAUCUCUCUGCUUGGGUGCAGCACAUGACCUUGCUCGCCAGGUACGGUGAUGUUCCUCUCUGCAAUCUGGAGAACGAUGAUCCUCGCUUCAUGAUCGAUAUCUCCUAUGCCAGGCGUCUUCAACAGAAUAACGUUGUGCUUUGGUGGUCCUCAAACCCUAGGCCUGACCAUGCCGGCUAUGAGAAAGACGACAUAACAGGCCCUCUGGAAAAAGUUCCUAUGCCGUCCGUAAAUAUGCCAAACGCAUAUACCACUGUGUGUAUCGAGCUCGAAGUGCGCAACCUCGCCAUCAACACGAUUCUGACCUCAUCCAUCAUCAACGAAAUGGAGGGAGCAGAUACACUGCUGGCAUCAUCUGGCACAUCAGCUGACGCAAAUGGAGGGGUGCUCUAUUCGGAUAAGGCGUUCACUUCAGCCGGAGCCAUUGUUCUGCGGGAAAUGGUGAAGAAUUGGUGGACUGAGGCUUGUGAUGGAAACAGUAUGGCCGAUAUCAUGGUGCAGCAUUUGAUCCGAUGGGUGGAAAGUCCCGCUUCCUGUCUAUAUGAUCAAUCACUGCACCAUUAUGUGCGCAUGUUGUCAAGGAAGUCGUUCCAGAGACUGAUGGCCGAAUUCAGACGGGUGGGUGCAAACAUCAUCUUCGCGAGCUCCACUCGCCUUCUACUCCACACAACCAAGACGGAAGUCGGCAACGCAUAUGCAUUCAGCCAGUACGUCUUGAAGUCCAUUCGGGCUAAUCCGUCAUUCCACUUCAUCGACCUCGAGAUCAAGGAAUACUGGGACUAUUUACUCUGGUACGAUGAAUACAAUUAUGGUGGCAAAGGAUGCCAAGAAGUGGCCGAGUCCGACGAGCAGCCCUUGGAGACGGUCAUGCAUUGGCAGCUUAGUCGCUUCCUACCCACGCCCAUGCAAACUAUCUUCCAUGACUGGGUAGUUGAGUACAUCGAAUUGAUGCACGGCCUGAAACGCCCUGAUAACGACUCAUCGACGCCUCGGAUGACGCAGAUCCCCAUCGGGCGCCCAAGUGAUGAAGAAAGUGAAGAGAUCUCGGCUGUUCUCGCCGAGAAGUUCUCUAAACCGUUGAAAAAGCAGAUCACGGGUCUAAUUCGCCGACAGCGGGAUGAAUUGCUACACCCGGAGCUGGCAUCCGACUAUGCUUUCCCUGUCCUUCCUGGUGUGCUUUCGAACCCCAAUGACGAGAAACGCAACCCAGUUCUGGAAUUGGUCAAACUGCUGAUGCAGGUACUCAGUCUGUCCAAGAUCACCACCAUGGAGACACGACUCCUGCGUCGGGAGCUCCUUGCGCUGUUCGAGAUUCGUGAAUUCAGCAAAGAAGGUCGAUUCGAGAACCCCGGAGCAAGCUUGAAACUCCCUGAGCUCACCUGCAACGCCUGUUGUCUGAUUCGAGACCUGGACUUGUGCCGAGAUGAAGAUGUGCUUCCUGAUCCUGGCACGGAGUCGAACAAAUCUGCGGUGAAACCUUGGCGCUGUCCCUUCUGUCAAAGCGAGUAUGACCGGCUCGCGCAGGAGGAGACCCUCAUUGGCCAGGUACAAGGAUUUAUUGUUGGCUGGCAAAUUCAGGACCUCAAGUGCUCCAAGUGUGGGGGAUUGAAGAUCAGUGAUUUCAUGGAGCAUUGUUCGUGCAGCGGGGUGUGGGUGGAAACGAUGAACCGCGGAGAGAUUGAGAAGAAGCUACGACUCCUCGAUAGUGUUGCGAAGUUCCACAACCUCAAGCUGCUGGAGACUGUCGUGGGGGAAGUUCUAGAACAGAUGUAAUAUGGUUCAGGUUGGGUCUUUGUGCUAAGCGUUAGGUUUGUUGGUGACAAUACCCUGUUUGGUAAAUUCUGAUAGGAGGGGAUAAUAGCUUUGGAUACCUUGGCGUUCAUGGGGCAUUAAGCAUAGCCUUGCACAUGAGCAUUUUUGUAUAUAGUU